AUGCCACAGAGUGGAUCGACGAAAAAGCACGCACCAGAUCAGCUGGAAAUUGGUGGGCCCACUCCAAAAUCGCAGCGCAUCAAAAUGGGUAAAUCUUCGGACGACAAUGAGAAUAAGAACUUGAGUAAGAAACUCAAAGAGCUUGAAAUUAGUGUUCCGAUAGUGUACGGUAACGUUGCAUUUUGGCUUGGUAAGAAGGCGAGCGAGUGA